AUGGACGACAGAUGGGUGCACAGCAAAACCAACACCGCCUACAUUUCGCGACGGAACCUUCUCUCCACGAAUGACGAGUGUACCAUCAUUCAUCUGUCUUACGUCGCUCCUUCUGCACUUGGUCUCCUACAGAGCAAUCACGUGAAAUUUGAUACGCUCUGCAGCUCCGAGAAGGGCAUGCAGAAGCGUAAAACUGGAGGUGGAUCCAUUCUUCCCUUUGCCAUACUUUCAAACGGAACAUAUCGUAUCAAUCGUGAAGAAGAGAAGAAAAGAAUGGCUAUUUUUGAAAUGGAUGCUGUCAAGAGAAAUCCGGAUACUAGUGUGGAUGACCUUCACUCUGAGUUCGACUACCAAAGUGAAGUUGAACGCCGAAAAAAGAAGAAACAUGAUCUUCUUAAGAAAGACUUUAGUUCACUGGGUAAGAAUCCAGACCGGAAAGAGGCGCAAUCUUUUUUUCAAGAAGAACAUAGCCGCAUGCACAGACAAAUUUCACGCAUGAUGGCGAUGAAUGCCUACUCUCGGCAUAAAGAGCUCAUCAAUUUAUAUCACCUUUCAUAUCCUGGCGCCACGAAUAUGAUGAAGCGCGAUACGAGUAAGGAUCGCACCGAUUAUGACGUCCUUAAGGAUAAUCAUAGGUUUUUAUGGAGCGAAAAAGAUGACGCUUCUUUAGCGAGUAGCUGGGAAGCGCGCAUGGCGAGGAAGUAUUACGAUAAACUUUUCAAAGAGUACUGCAUUAUCGAUCUGACAUACUUCAAAAAGAACAAGAUAGCGAUGAGAUGGAGAACAGAGGCUGAAGUUCGUAGUGGUAAAGGACAUUUCAUUUGUGGUGCCAAAAAAUGCUCCGUUCAGGACGAUCUGUCAAGCUGGGAGGUGAACUUCUGUUACUCUGAAAGCGGCGAAAGGAAAAACACCCUUGUAAAAGUGCGAUUAUGUCGGCAAUGCUCGGAGAUGCUUAAUUAUGGGUCGCAACGAAGGAGAGCGGAGAAAAGAAAGAAGUCUCGGAGAGAAAAAGAUAUUCAUUCAGAAGCUGGGAGUGAACGGAAAAAUAAAGAAGAAUCACAAAGCGAAACCAACGGACGUGAAGAGGAAACGAAAGCGAAGGUGACAUCUGGUUGUGAUCCAUGGACAGCCCCAGUUCAGGAGACAAUUAGAACGAUGGACAAUGAGAUUGACGAUUUCUUAGACGAUUUAUUCGAUUGA